AUUAGCGCUGAACGUCAACAAAAGGUCAUUGAUUUGCACCUAUGCUAUUACUAGGACAAACAAGGGGAUUGCUUUAACCGGGAUUAACAUGGACUAGAAGUAACCUAACAGACACUUAGGUAGGGCUGUGAGAUCGAUAUGUAGUAUCGUCAUAUACUCACCACGAGGACAAAACUAGGGAGAUUGGAGGCUACAGAUGGUCAUCGUCGCAGGGUGAAGCGGACAUCAUGGUUUCUUGACCAGAGAUAACUAUGGCUAACAGAUCGAGUCGGAUUGUGGGCGGGGCAGGAGACGCUGGCGGAGGUGUCACUAUGCUGCCAUUUCCCGCCUUUUCUGACGUAAUCUACACCACUAUGGAAGGAUUGAAUAUUACAAAUGUCACCGAUUCAGGAAAUGCCACUAGAACGCGGAAAAUGUUCUCCUUAGUGGAGCAGAUUUUUUUUGGCACGUGGUUGUCAAUAUCUAUGAUUUUAGCUAUAUUUGGAAACUUGAUGGUUAUAGCAGUGGUUGUGAGGCAUCGAGGCAUGCGCACUAGGACCAAUAUGUUCCUUGUCAGUUUAGCAGUUGCAGAUUUUCUCAUUGGAAUACUGCUUGCGCCGUUUUCAUUAGCUACACUGAUAGCUCAAGACUGGAUACUAGGUCCAAGUUUAUGUACUAUCAACAGUUUUUUAAACGCCACUUGUUUUAUAACAUCUAUACACACUCUCAUGCAUAUAAGUAUUCAUAAGUAUAUGUCAAUCACACGUCCUUUGACCCGGAUCACCAAGUGUAAAAUUCUCGUAAUGAUAUUUGCGGCCUGGGGAUGGGGCGUGGUGUGCGCUGCACUGACUACGGUUAUACUCUCUCACGCCGAGUUUAAAGAAGGCACCAUGCAAUGUGGUCCUGCCUACCCUGUGUUAACCACAAAAUCUCUUUUGUUCCAUAUUAUAAUUCAGACGUCGAAUAUAUUUCUGCCACUAUUUAUCAUGAUAUAUGCAUAUUCUCGUAUGUUCGGUGAAAUACGAGAACACAUGCAGAGAAUGGACGAAAAUACCGCUAUGGAUCGAGCCCAGAUCUACAGCCAGCAACGCCGUGUCACAAUAACAUUGUUUAUCGUCCUGGCCUGUUUUGUGCUGUGUUGGAUACCCUACUGUGUUUAUGCUAAUUAUGUAACCUUUGAACCUGACAAAACAAAGUUCCCGCCAUACUUGAACGCUAUUGCCUAUUGUUUCGGGUACAUGAACAGCGCGUGUAACCCGAUCAUUUAUGCCUGGAGGAGUCCUUCAUUCCGGGAGGGAUACAAGGAAAUUCUCUGUCAGGAACCGUCUUAUGUAGUCAGCGAUGAACAUGAGAUGCUUGACCAAAAGUCUAUAAGACUUUGGCGGCUUCAAGAUACAGUGUAUGAAAGCUCACCAAACCCUCUGCGGCGAAUUUCCACUUUCAUAAGCUCCGUUCGUGGCUCAAGAUCCGAAGAGAUGGGACCUAAUACGACAAGAGGAAAUCACAUUGUUCGACAAACAUCGACAGAUUCUUCUUACAAACUUCUACAUAAGCUAACGGGGAAAACCAAAGCGAAGUCUGGCAGCUCGGUGAUACGCAGAGAUGGUUCGGUGAUACUAGUUAAAAACGGUAAAAUUAUCUCUAUGAAACUCGAUACCAAGCUACGAAAGUCGGACAACGAGGAGGUUUUCUUAUCGAGUCCGUCAACUGCUGGUUCUAACGGUUCUAGGCUGAUGUGUAGUAGUCCGCAAAGUGCUUUAGAAGUUUUAUACGAACGAGAUUCGGAUGGAAAUCUUACCGAAGAUAGACCUUUGUUUCCGAAUGGACAAUCGAACAAUAAAAACGUACAGUUUUUGUAUCCGAAUGGAGGUUCAAACACAUGUAAUUCUUUAUCAGAUAACAGUGACUGUGAGUCUAUUCCGGGAAAAGAAAUCUCCCCUGGUUUGAAGUGUCGCGUGAGCGAUAUUUCUCAAGAUGUUGAUAUCGAAAUGAAUAAAAUACCAGAGAAAACAAUAGACGAAAAUAACUCGCUAAACAAUAAUACGGAGACCAAGUCUCCGGCAGAAAAGAAGAAACUAUCUCUUCUUCCGUGGACAAAGGGGCAUGUUAAACGCAAAAGUGAUACAACGCCGUAUGUAAAAGCCACACCGAAAGUAAAAUAUAGUAGAGAGUACUCCAGAAGUUCAGACGCCAUAUUCUCAGUGCCACUUCUAAAAACUCCGUCAGCUGAAGAAGUGACUGCUAGUCCUCUAUUGUUUCGCCGAAGUUCUAGUUAUUCAAACGUCUCAACUGUUCUGUCCCCUUCAAGUUGUCGCCCUUUGUCAGCUCUCUCCCCCGAUCCAAAUAAACCUGAUUGUUUUUCCUGACAUUGGUUGGAAGUUUUACGAUGAUGGAAAUAUCUUUUCCUUUAUAAACUUGUGGUGUAGUAGUAAUGACAACUAUCCUGUACAAAUUUUGUUUGUUUGUUUGUUUCUUUUUAGAAAAUUAAACUUCUUUGAAAUCGGCAAAAUUUAGAUCAAAACAUCUCAUGAUGAAUUACUGAAAAUAGAGAUAUAUCUUUUUUGGUGAAAGAAACAGAUCAAAGGAAUGGGGAUCAUAGCCUAGACCAUUCAACGAUUCAAAUAAAUCUGUAAAAUUAACAUAUUUGGUUUUGCCAAAUUUCAUAUUUAUAUUUAAACUAGAAAAUAACUCCUCGAUUGUUGAUAUUGCUGUAUUGGUAUUGUAUUUUACUGUUACUACCGUCGAGUUUAGCUUUGUAAUUUUGCAUUUGAAUUAAUUUUCUCUUCAAUAAUUUGGCUUACUACAGAUAAAAUAUGAAAACUGCAUGUUUGUGCCGUAAAGAUAUGUAUUUUGUACUAUGCAUUAAACCGCAUUUCAAGGCCACACUUCCGGUAUCGGCCCAUUCAGUUUACAAGGGUAACGUACACGGGAAGGAAGAUAACUCCCUUUUGUGAACAUAUUUACGUACGGAUUUCCUGUCAUGUACGAGCUUCCCUCAAUAUGCCCUAUAGCUACGCUGUUAGGAAUUAGGAUCAACAGUCCACUCCAUGACUAAUGGAAAUGGGUAUUUGUGUUAAAACUCUUUGUGCAUAUCUCAAAAAUAAACAUCACUUCCAUGUCAUCUUCUCAAAGCAAAAUUCAAAUGAUCGAUAUGGAACGGUUCUCACAAUUAAAAUGAAAAGGAGCAUUUUUUGUCCUUUUUUGGUCGUUUUCUAGAUAACAUGCAUUUCCAGACAGUUGUUUAUGUUAUAAUUAAUGACAAUCAAAUCUAAUAAUUAAUGUUUUACACUUUUAAUGGCGAUAUAUAAUAUUCUGACCAAUAAAUCACAGUUUUACGACACGAAUCAAUUUAUCAAAUAUGUAUAUUUAUUCAGAAAAGGUUGCAUUUUCUGUUUGUUUUAAUUAUUUGUCCCAUUGUAAUGACUUUUUAAUGGCAGCCACACCCUUCAUGUCAACAAACAGAUGCUCACAUUGUUUUUAUUUUACAUAACACUUUUAUCCCAUAUUCUGUGAUUCUUGACUGAGUUGUCUCCCUGAAAUCGCUUCUUACAUUAGAGUGUACGAUGACCUCAAUGAUAUUGUGUUUGUUCAAAGUUAAUAAGUCAUUUCAUUUUAACGAUUAGUUUGGUUUCGUUGGUAUAUUGUUUGUUAAUUGUUAAAUUUUUAUAUAAUUAAGAUUGUUUCGCUUUCGUUUCCAGCGUAAAACAUUUUCUGCUUGUAAACCCAAAGAAAAAUUUAAAGAACUUUGUAAAACAUUUGAAAUAUAAAGAGAAUAUAUUUUCGGUAAACGGAGAAAAACUUACUUAUAAAGAAUGAGUGCCUUUCGUUGAAUGUAUAAAGGUCUCGUGCUUUUGCUUUUUAUUUUAACUCGUUCUUAAAUGGGGCAAGAUAAUAAUAUAUUUACCACAAAACAAUACCACAGUAAUACAUGAUCUCCCGUGUAGUUGCCAGAUCCCUCGUGUGCACUUCUUUCAUUUCUUCACAUCUUUUAACAAGAUUCGUCCAUAAAUUGCUCGAAAUUUAUGGGAAGCGUGGGGAUCGGAUUGAAGAAAGGGUGAAUAAUUGACUUUUCCUUUCAAGAAUGGUCAUUCCUUCUGUAGUUCAAUAAUUAUACGUAUUUUACUUGUAGAAUACUGAAGUCUCUUAUUUGAUCUUAAGAUAGAAUUAAAAUCAAUUUGUAUUUCAAAAGAUAAAUAUAAAGAUAUGAAAAAGACAAUUUGUAAAGUGUAUUAAGUAUACAAGGUGAUAGUCAGAUUAAUGUAAUGUCAAUUUUAGAAAGCGAAAUGUUGACUUCAAUCUGAUUGCUAUUGAAACAAGGAUUUGAAAUGUGACAUGUUUUAAACCAAGGAUCCUAUUUGCGUGAUGAUUUGUAAUGUACGAAAACUGUUAUAUACUUCAAAACAUUUUCCAUGCUUUUUUUUAAAAUGCCAUACAGCUAUGCGUUACCUUUUACACUUGAUAUCAUACAAUAUGCGUAUUUUCCUAAUUUCUUUGUGAACAAAAGUUGAGUCCUUGUUGAUGUUUGAUCUGUCUUUCUGGAUGUUGUUCUAGAGAAUUAUUGUAUCAGGAAGUAAACGUUAUAUCUUGCCACCUAGAUGUAAUUAAUGGCGUGUAUUUAGUGCUGAUAUCCUCAGACAACAGCAGUAAAUCAAAUACCUGUCUAUGUGUGAACGUUUUUUUGUCUUGUGAACAGUCUGUUAGCCCCCGUCAUAUGUUAAAAUAAAAUUAUAAACUAAUUCCACUUGUUUACCUAUG